UUUCUUGCUCCCCGAGUUUAUGCAUGCCAACGCUUCUCAAAAUUUCUCGAGAGUUCAGUUUGUUCGGAACGAAAGAUUUGAGAAGUAUUAUCUAUCCGAUCAACAUCAACACCAUUUGAGCUGAAUCCAUUAACAUUUACAAAUUGUUCUGUCUGUAUUUCUACUAGAAUGGGAGAAAGAAAAGUGCUAAACAAGUAUUAUCCCCCGGACUUCGAUCCGGCAAAGAUUCCACGGCCGCAGCAGCCAAAGAAAGAGCAAUUUCCUAUCCGCAAUAUGCUUCCCAUGAGCAUUCGUUGUAAAACUUGUGGGAACUACAUGUAUAAGGGUACUAAGUUCAAUUCGCGCAAAGAAAAAGCCAUCGGGGAGACUUAUUUGGGAAUACGAGUUUUUAGGUUCUAUAUCAAAUGCAGCAAAUGCUCAGCGGAAAUAACAUUCAAGACGGAUCCACAGAAUUCGGAUUAUGCUCUUGAGUGCGGUGCCACGAGAAAUUUCGAACCUUGGCGUGCAGAGGAUGAAGAGAAAAAGAAAAGGAAUAUAGAUGAUAUGGGAGAUGUGAUGAAAUCAUUGGAGAAUAGAUAUUUGGACUCCAAGAGGGGACUGGAUAUCCUAGUUGCUUUGGAUGAUAUCAAGUCUGUGAACUCGAGACAUGAAAGGGUGAGUGGAGAUUCGAUGCUCGAAGCUUUGCAACAGAAAAAUGAGGCGAAUGAAAGGAAAUUGGAAGAAGAGGAUGAAGCUCUUAUAGAAUCCGUGUUUAGGGGGGCACGAGAGCAUAUUUUACGAAGGAUUGAUGAUGAAGAAGAUUUAACCGUGUUUUCACCUGAGAAGAGAAGAAAGCUAUCCACCGAGCUCCCUAACCCAACGGAUUCUUUACCGAAAGGCAGUGUUCAUGUCAGCUUCAAGAGUCGAAAUAAUGGUAAAUUCAUUCUGAAGUCUUCAUCGGUCAAAGUUUCUAUUCUUAAGAAACCACUUCCUGAUUCCAAUAGUAACAAGGCAGGAAAGGAGGAGCCGAAGAAUCAGGAGGCAGGAUCCGUUGCAAGCAGUGGAUUACAAUCAUUAUGCCAACAAUAUGGAAGUAAUGAAGACGAUUGAUAGCAAAGAACCAUAUUUAGUUUGGUGUGAGGCAUGUUUCAUAUUUAGAGCUUGAGUUCUUGACUGAUACUUGCAGUAUAUUGUAUAUAACAUCCAAUUUUUCAUGUA